AUGGCCACGGCGGCACAGCGAGAAUCAUCAACGUUGGAAGACAUACUCGGGGCUCCUGUCGCCGAGAGAUCCAAGAAGGCGUACGCGUCGGGCAUUCGCCAACCAUUCUACAUUAUGCCGCGUCGAGGUAAAGGGUGGUGUCCUGCGUCGACCGAGCUCAUGCUCGACAAGAUAGAGCUGUUCCUCCCAGCAGGACACAAUGGCUGGGCAAAGGUAGCUGAUGGGGCGCACUCACCGGAAAACAAGACGAGCAGACUAUCAAAUGCAUCCGGUGGUAGCGACACGAACCUCAUGGCGCGGUCGAAAUCCAUUGAAACAAUUCAGUUGAGCCACUUCACGUACGAAGAAGGUGCAAUUGGAGGCACGCUCUUCAACUCAAAAACCGUCCAAGAUGGCAGCAAACGCCGCGACCCAAGGCACGUGUAUGCAAAUGUAUUGCAACCCCACAUAUGUGUCUUCCUUACGCUUGGGUUGUAA